UUUAACAUGAAAAUUUAUUUUAAUGGCUUUGAAGUAAUUGCACUAACUUUCUUUAGUCUCUGCUUAGUGUCUCUAAUCUCCGAAAGGUCAUUUAGUAAGUACUGUCUUAUUUUAUCUACUUAACUCUAUAUAUACUUAACAUGUGGUAUCGCUACAUAAUUGAUACUCUCCGGCACACAAAAAAAAUGGAUAAAAGAUGGAGUCUUCAAGGUAUGACGGCUCUUGUAACUGGUGGAGCCAGCGGAAUCGGGCAUGCUAUAGUAGAAGAGCUAGCUAGUUUUGGAGCCAGAAUCCAUGUAUGCGAUAUAUCUGAAUCACUGCUGAAUCAAAGUUUAAGCGAAUGGAAAAAUAAAGGAUUUCAAGUGAGUGGUUCAAUCUGUGAUGUAUCCUCUCAUUCCGAGAGGGAAAAACUUAUGCAAACCGUCUCAAAGAUGUUUGAUGGCAAAUUGAACAUCCUUGUGAACAACGUUGGUGUAGUUCGUCCAAAGCCAACAAUAGAAUACGUGGCAGACGAUUUCUCGUUCCAUAUUACAACAAACCUGGAAUCUGCAUAUCAUCUUAGCCAACUUUCACAUCCUCUCCUUAAAGCUUCUGCAUAUGGAAGCAUCAUAUUUAUUUCCUCUGUUGGAGGAGUUGUAUCAAUGGAGUGUGGAUCCAUCUAUAGCUUAACGAAAGGAGCUUUGAAUCAAUUGGCAAAAACUUUGGCCUGUGAAUGGGCACGAGAUAGCAUACGAACCAACUCAGUUGCUCCUAAUUUUAUCUAUACUGCAAUGGCUCAACCCACUUUGGAAGACGCCGAUUUCAAGAACAGUUUGUUUAGUAGAAUUCCACUUGGUCGCGCUGGAGAGCCUAAAGAGGUUGCAUCACUUGUGGCUUUUCUGUGUCUACCUGCGGCUUCAUAUAUUACUGGUCAGACCAUUUGUGUUGAUGGAGGUCUCACUGUCAAUGGUUUCUCCUAUAAGCCACAUGCUUGAGCCGAGACUUGUGUGUGUUGGUGACGAACACAUCGUACAAGAACUAUAAUAAAAUUGAUCCUUUUGAAACUAUAUUAAAUAAAUAAUGAAUGUGUUCUAAAACUUUAAUAGGCACCCGCAAUAUGGGUAUGGUGAAUGUAGAACAUGUACAAGCAAGCCUUUGUCAAAAGGAGGUGCUCUAAGUGUUAGAAAUAUGAGGGCUCAAAAAUCCCUUCUGAUCUAUUACUUCAUAAUUCAUCCCAAAAUUCAAAUAUCAAAUUUUUCUCUUCUAAGUUCUCUCAAGCU